GCGUAAACCUUAAACAAGGGCUGAUAACAGAAUGUUGAAAAGUGGACGUCUAGUUGUAACACCGCCUUAUACGAGUUCAUGAUUAAUAUGGAUUGUUUUCCAGUAUACACCAUGGAAACACAUGAAGUUCUUGUGUGGAUGAAGUAAUUAACAUAGGGUUGUUGAUAUGGCGCGUGACCGGCGAGGUUAUCGAACCUGAAAAGGCCGGCCGAGAGGCCGAAUCUCGCGGGCCAGGAUGCGCUACCGGAUGCGUAUGUUCGUCCUGGUGUACGUACUGGUGUUCGCCGGGAUGAUGCUCUUCUGGUGGGGACCGAGCAAGCUCCACUACGGGAUGUACAGCACCCUACAACAAGGACACUCCCUCCGAACCGUCAGCAUUGUUCGCGAUGUCCAAGCGGCGGGUGUAGCGAUUGACGACCCCGCCUAUGGAUAUGACAAUUAUACAUCAAAUUUUUGGAAUCACAGCACAGCGUUUUGUGAUGGUCGUUUCAUCGGUUACUCCCGUCUUCUUGCGAUACUUCGAAAUGUCGUGCUUGACUUUAAAUUCGCGAGAGGACAAAAAGGUGGUGAGAACAUUUCUGAUGUAAUAAACCAGCCAGAGGAGGAAGAAUUCUACAAAUACCUGCCGGGAUUUUUCAAGCUUCCAUGCAAGGAACCGAUUGAGUAUAACUUUAUUGGCGAUAGUCACCACCUGAAUUCGUGGAUCGAAAACGCCCUUGAAACGGACGGAAAGGUUUUCAGUCGAGAGGCUGGUAUUUACAUUGACUGGACAAUCGCCAUCACAAGAUACGAGUACGCAAAUUUAUACCACACAAUGACUGACUACUAUAACGCAUUUCUAAUGCUGAAAAUGUUCCGAUUGAAUUCAAAGGACGUCACUAUUCUGAUCAUAGAUGGUCAUCCUAGUGGUGGUCUAGACGCUACUUGGAGAUAUUUGUUUGGGAAGGUCAAGCGUGUUAGCGACUUUAGGAAACCGACCUUGUUUAAGAACAUGAUAUGGUCAAUGGCCGGUUAUGAGAGCCCGCUAGAUGAUCAUUUUCUCCCUAAUGUGCCAUAUAUAGAGGAGUUUAGAGAAUUCUUUCUGUUCCACUAUGAUGUAUCAUCUUCGUAUAAGUUGAAUUGUAAACGUUUAAAUAUUUUACUGAUUUGGAGGCACGAUUACUUAGCACACCCAAGAAACCCUUCAGGAAAAGUGUCCAGAAAAAUAAAUAAUGAAUUCGAACUACUAAGUAAAAUGCAGGAAACCUUCCGGACGCACAAUGUGAGGGGAAUACAAAUAGAUAAAUAUCCAAUGAAGAAACAGCUUCAAAUGAUAGCUAAAACUGACAUUCUGAUUGGAAUGCACGGUGCGGGCUUAAGUCAUACAUUAUUUCUUCCAAAGCAUAGUGGACUGCUAGAAAUGUUCAGCAUGUACUACACGGCUGAGAACCGCCACUUCCGAGCGAUGGCGGGCUGGCGAGGGCUGCACUACCGGAACUGGGAGAACAUGGACUACGAACGUGAGGUGAUGGAAGAGAGCACAAACGUGGACGAGGCAGAGGUCGCCAGGCUAACCGUCGAGAUAUCAGAGCAGAUGUGUCCUAAAUCUUCAUAAAUUUAUACGGAUAAAUACGCGGCCGUCGAGAAAGUGCCGUCGAGAAAGCCGAGGCUAACACCAAGGUCAUGCAGAUGGGUUUCCAGUAUCCAAGAAAACUUACACAGUGUGUCACAGUUCAAGUGUUUCCAGUUGUGCUGUCGGGGGGAAUAUAUUGGCCAGAUAUUACGUUCACCUGUACGUUUGCGCGAAUUGACAGGUACCUUCUCAGGUAGAGCUCCCCAGAACACAUGUCCUCACGAUAGCACAUCACUCAGGACAGUUGGAGAUGUUUGUUACAUACAA